AUGGAGUUCAUCGGCAAGAAAUACAAGAUGGUCUCUUCAGAAAACUUCGACGAUUUCAUGAAGGCUAUCGGCGUUGGUCUUAUCACCCGUAAGGCAGCUAACGCGGUGACGCCUUCAGUGGAAUUGCGCCAGGAUGGUGACCACUACGUGCUGGUCACGUCGUCCACCUUCAAGACCACUGAGGUCAAGUUCAAGCCUGGCGAGGAAAUCGAUGAGGAACGCGCCGAUGGUGCUAAGGUGAAAUCCCUGUACACUUUCGAAGGCAACACCUUAAAGCAGGUGCAGAAGUCCCCUGACGGUAUGGAGGUCACGUACAUCAGAGAAUUCGGACCCGAGGAGAUGAAGGCUGUGAUGACAGCCAAAGACGUCACCUGCACCCGAGUAUACAAAGUCCAAUAA